AUGAUCUAUGUCAAGUAUAUUUGGCAUUUACACCUUUCGAUUUGCACAAACAAUGUCACUCCACCAGGUGAUUCACAAAAACAAAAAAAUAUCAUCUGUAUUAUUCUCUUACAUUUUGUGAUUUCAGAUAAAGAAAAAGAAACUAAUAAAGUUAAAAGUAGAUUUGAUGGCCCGGUAGAUAGUAAGGGCUUUAGAAUAUUGAAAUACCAAACACAAGAUUUGACGAAGGAACCAGAAGGAAUUGUGGUUGAUAUUCUCAAGAAAAAUAUUAUUUAUAAUGAAGGUGAUAUUAUUGCUAUUAAUAAACCAUACGGUUUGCCAUCACACGGUGGACCAGGAGUGAAAUUUAGUGUUGGUGGUUUAUUACAUCAGUUAGCUGAAUCACUCAAUGAUCGUGAUAACAGUUUACAGACACUUCAUCUUAUUCAUAGACUAGAUAAAGAAACUACUGGUGUUAUGUUGUUAGCCAAGCGAGCUGCAGUAGCAGAAGAGUUGAGAGAAUAUUUUGUUAAAAGAAAAGUAGUCAAGAAGUAUUGGGUAAUAACAAAAGGUAUUCCUGAUCCUUUAGAAGGUGUAAUAAAAAUACCAAUAACAGAAGGUUCAUUACCAAAUGGUAUACAUAGAAUGAUAUUAAAGCCAGAAUAUAAUAAGAAAUAUUGGGAAGUUAUGAAGAAGAGAAAUGUAGAGGAAGCUCAGGAUGCUAUUACACAGUAUAAAGUAUUCAAACAUCAUCAGUCAGCUGCAUUGAUAGAAUGUCAACCCAUUUCUGGUAUCAAACAUCAAAUAAGAUGCCAUCUUGGUUUUGGGUUAAAUACACCAAUAUUAGGAGACCAUAAAUAUUCUCAUUUUAGUAAACUAGCCCCACAGCGAUUACCACCUGAUAUGCUGACAUCACUUGGUAUCAGAGCGAGUAAAGUACGCCAUGUUCCAAUGCACCUUCAUGCCAAGAGUAUAGUGAUUCCAGAAUUUCAAAAUGGACAAAAUUUAAUGGUAUCUGCCAAAUUACCCAAACAUUUUCUGAUCAAUUUGAGACGCUUAAAAUUGAAUUAA